AUGGCCACGGUGGACCAACCUAGUCCACCUUCAACUACAAGAAAAGUAACAAUGCAACAUAAGUUGUGGUCAGCAACUGAUAUGGAAGGUGCACUCCGAGAUGUUGAGGACAAUUACAUGUCCAUACGGGGUGCAUCAAGGAAGUGGGGCAUCCCAAUUGCAACGCUGUCAAAAUGGUUGGGUGGUCUGACCACCACGUCCAAGAAAGGUCCGCCAACCAUCCUCACGUAUCAAGAAGAAGAGCAAAUUGUGCAGUGGUGCCAAGAGAUGGCUAGCUGUGGUCAUGGCCUUGAAAUCAUAAACUUGAAGGCAGUUGUCUCUCAGAUUUGUGAGGGUAGACAAACCUCUUUCAAGGAUGGCAUGCCUUGCAACUCAUGGAGGUCUGGAUUCAAGGCUAGACGUCGUGAACUUAGCUUGUGGACGGUCGUAGGCCUCAACAAAGACCGAGCAUUGUGUCUUAGACCAACAGUUGUUUCUUCUUUUUACGAGACAUUGUCAAAAGCAUAUGCUGCUAAUCCAUAUGGUCCUGCCCACAUUUGGAACUAUGAUGAAACGAGAGUUAUGGCCAGCAAAAAUGGGGCAAUGAGGGUGCUUGCGAGGAAAGGAAGUCGAAACAUUUCCUAUAUACUUCUGAAGAGCCAUGAUUGGAUCACAAUUCUUUGCUAUGUUAAUGCUUCCGGACAAAGCAUUCCAGGGUUCUACCUAUUCAAAGGCAAGAGGCGGAUACAAAAUUACAUAGGUAAAUGCGAACCUGGUGCUCGCAUGGCAACGAAACAACAUGUGUGGAUGACCAAGGAACUAUUCACGAGUUGCUUGCACCACUUCAAGCACUCUGUCCCUAGGGAUGUAUCACCAAUGAACAGGUGCUUGUUGAUAUUCGAUGGCCAUGACAGCCAUGUUGCAUUGUCAACCAUCCAAGAGGCAAGGAUGUUGGGCAUAGACUUGUUGACAUUGCCAACUCACACAUCUCACAAAUUGCAGUCACUCGAUGUGAGUGUAUUCUCUCCAUUCAAAACAUACUUCAAAUCGGAAAGAGUUGCAUGGAUAGAAAGGUUCCCCAAUCUAGAAAUCAGGAGGGUUGAACUGGCAGAAUUGAGCAGCAAGUCUUUGGCCAAGGCAUUGACUAUUUCAAACAUUACCACAGGAUUCAAAAGGACAGGGAUAUGGCCCCUCAAUUAUGAUGCCCUCACCCAAGACAUGUAG